AUGGCCGCUCGUGCGGUGCGGUCACCUGCCCGUCAGAUAGGCCUGGCAACCGCAGCAACCGAGCGUAAUUCCCCCUCUUUAGGUUCAAAACCACUUGCAGAAUCUUUAUUCGCUCCUUUGGACAAAUUUGCUCCUCGUCAUUUAGGACCUCGUGGAUCAGAUCAAGAACAAAUGCUUUCUGCUCUUGGUUAUUCUUCCAUCGAAGAUUUCGUCAAUGAUACUCUACCCAAUUCUAUCCGUCUCAAACCGGCUGAGGGUGUAGAACAGAGGCUACCAGCGCUAUCUGAAAGCGAACUACUCAGAAGGGGAGACGAGAUUGCCAAAAUGAACGAAGUAAAGAAAAGUUUAAUCGGUAUGGGAUACUGGAAUAGCAAUGUGCCUCCAGUCAUCCUACGUAACAUCUUGGAAAAUCCAACCUGGUAUACUAGUUACACACCAUACCAAGCAGAAAUUGCACAGGGAAGACUCGAGUCAUUGAUCAACUACCAAACCAUGGUCAAAUCUUUGACUGGUCUUGAUAUUGCCAAUGCUUCCUUGCUCGAUGAAGCUACCGCCGCUGCUGAAGGUGUCAUCUUAGCGUACAACCAAGGCAAAGGCAAAAAGAACACAAUCCUCAUCGAUCGAGCAGUUUUACCACAAACCGUUGCCGUCAUUCAACAACGCGCCAAAGGUUUUGGUAUCAAGGUUGUCCAAUGUGACUUGCGUACACCACAAGGUACUCGUUUACCCUACGGAGAAGGCGAAGGAUCAAUCAAACGUGAAGAUGUGAUGGGUAUAUUGGUUCAAUAUCCCGACGUUGAUGGUCGUAUCGUUGAUUGGUCCUCUUUGGCAGAAGAGAUUCACAAAGAUGGCGGUUUGGUGAUCGCAGCUACUGAUCUGUUGGCUUUGACGAUGAUCAAGCCUCCAGGAGAAUGGGGAGCAGACAUUGCUGUGGGUAAUGCAGCCCGUUUUGGUGUCCCACCAGGAUAUGGGGGUCCUCAUGCUGCCUUUUUCGCUGUGCGUGAUGGACUCAAGCGUCGUAUUCCCGGUCGUCUCGUUGGUUUGAGUAAGGAUGCAAAUGGCAAGCCCGCCUACCGUCUUGCUUUACAGACCCGUGAACAACACAUCCGUCGUGACAAGGCUACUUCAAACGUUUGCACUGCUCAAGCUUUGUUGGCGAACAUGAGUGCCAUGUACGCCGUUUACCAUGGUCCUGAAGGUCUCAGAAAGAUUGCUGCAAAGACUCAUGCUCUGACUCGCUUGUUGAAACAUAUUCUCGUCACUUUGGGUUUCCGUGUCAUCAACCGUGAUGGUGCAUUCUUUGACACACUUACCGUUGAUCUUUCCACUUCUGGAGUUGGAGCUGUUCGCGUUCAUUCGAUCGCAUCUGAUGCUGGCUUGAACUUGCGCAGAAUCAGUGGAUCUCGUGUCGGUAUCACACUUGAUGAAACUGUCAGCAUUGAAGAGAUGACUGAUUUGGCAAACGUGUUCAGAACAGCAAAGGAAAGCGGUAAAGAGGUUGUGGAUGAAAAGAAUGCCUUCUCCCCUCAAGAUCUCAUCAAGCUUGCUGGCGACCUUGGAUUGGAUGCUUCAUCCGUUGAGACUCUGUCUAUCGCAACACCUACACCAGCUUUGCCUAGUGAUAUACCCGCAUCAGCUGAAGCAGACAAGUUCUUGGCACAUGCCGAUGGCCUACCCGAUGUUGCCGAUUUCGCCCGUCAAUCAAAAUACCUGACCCAACCAGUAUUUAGCUCACAUCAGAGUGAGACACAACUGCUGCGAUACAUUCAUCAUUUGCAAUCAAAGGAUCUCUCUCUGGCCCAAGCAAUGAUUCCUUUGGGAAGCUGCACAAUGAAGCUAAACAGUACAUCAAGCAUGAUGUUACUGUCGAAGCCUCAAUUUGGCGCUCUUCAUCCUCUCAUUCCGGAAGAUCAAGCUCGCGGAUAUGAUGUCUUGAUUCGAGAACUUGAGCGGGAUUUGUGCCUUUUGACUGGCUUCCCCGCUGUUAGUCUGCAACCAAACAGUGGAGCACAAGGUGAAUUUGCUGGUUUGAGUGUGAUUCGCGCUUAUUUGGACAGUAUCAAUCAAUCUCAUCGCGACGUUUGCUUGAUCCCUAAUUCAGCACACGGUACCAACCCAGCAAGUGCCAUCAUGGCCGGAAUGAAGGUUGUCGCUGUGAAGAACAGACAUGAUGGUACAAUUGACAUGGACGAUUUGCGCGCAAAGGCAGAGCAACAUAAGGAAAAGCUUGCCGCUUUCAUGGUCACUUAUCCAAGCACAUUCGGUGUAUUUGAAGAUGGUGUUCAAGAAGCAUGCAAGAUUAUUCACGACUUUGGCGGUCAGGUAUACAUGGACGGUGCAAAUAUGCAAGCUCAAGUCGGAUUGACGAAUCCUGCUCUCAUUGGUGCUGAUGUUACCCAUUUGAACUUGCACAAAACAUUCUCCAUUCCACACGGUGGAGGUGGUCCAGGUGUAGGACCAAUCUGCUGUGCAGAACACUUGGCACCUUAUUUGCCCGGUCAUCCUCUUGCAUCCGUUGGUGGUGAACGUGCGAUCGAUCCUAUUUCUGCUGCACCAGUCGGUAGUGCAAGCAUUUUGACAAUCGCAUGGGCUUAUAUCAAAAUGUUGGGCUGGAAGGGAUUACGUCAAUCAUCUGUCACGUCUUUGCUAUCGGCUAACUAUAUGGCACACAGACUGGCACCUCACUACAAGCUGCGUUACAGUAACGAGAAGGGUCGUGUCGCCCACGAAUUCUUGUUGGAUUUGGCUGACCUAUCCAAGGUUGUCAGCGUUAGCGAUGUUGCCAAGCGCUUGGCAGAUUACGGCUUCCAUGCGCCUACUUGCUCUUGGCCAAUCAGCACUGGUAUGCUUGUUGAGCCAACAGAAAGUGAAUCGUUCGAUGAAAUCACACGCUUCUGCGAUGCAAUGAUUGCAAUCCGUAAAGAGAUUCAAGAUGUUGUCGACGGCAAGCAAGAUGCUCACAACAAUGUUCUCAAGAAUGCACCUCACACCAUCGAGACUUUGAUUGGUGAGAAGUGGGACAGACCUUAUUCUCGUGACACAGCAGCAUACCCUGUCGAAGGCUUGAGAAGUAUCAAAUUCUGGCCUGCAAGUGGACGUGUUGAUGAUGCACACGGCGACAAGAACCUUGUUUGCGAAUGUGGAACGGUUGAGGAAUAUGCUUCUGAAUGA